AUGAAGAUGUAUAACCUUAAAAUGUUAUUGUUUACCUUUUUAAUAAAUACAUUAGCAUUACCACAUUAUGAUAAUUAUCAAAAUAGCCAUUAUAAUAUAAACCUAAUACAAUAUAGAGCACAAAGAACAACGAUAAAUUCAAGAUUAUUAGCACAAACAAAAAAUCAUAAUCCGCAUUAUCAUAAUGACCCAGAACUCAAAGAAAUAAUUGAUAAAAUGAACGAGGAAGCAAUCAAAAAAUACCAACAAACUCAUGAUCCAUAUAAACAAUUGAAAGAUGUAGUAGAAAAAAAUGGAACAAAAUAUACAGGUGGUAAAGAUGCAGAACCUAUGUCAACGCUAGAAAAAGAAUUAUUGGAAACAUAUGAAGAAAUGUUUGGUAACGAAAGUGAUAUGUUGAAGUCGGGCAUGAGUCCAAAUGUUGAUGAAAAAUCUUCAACAUGUGAAUGUACUGAUAUUAAUGGUGUGAAAUUAGCAAAAACAAAAGGAAGAGAUAAGUAUUUAAAACAUUUAAAACACAGAUGUAUCCAUGGUAUAGGUUUUUGCUCAAUAGGUAGUACAUUAUUAACAUUGAUAGGUUUGGCAUUAGCAAAAAAGGCUGCGGUUGAUGCCCUUGCUAGUUAUGCAACAAGCCAUAAAAUAUGUGUAGACUCUAUCAAUAUAUUUAAUAUGAUUGCAGGUAGUGCAGUUUGUGCUGCUGAUUUAACAGUACCUGCUGCAACUUCUGCUGCUACAAUUUUUGUUCCUUGUGGUAUUACAGCUUUGGUUUUACUUAUAUUAGCUGUUUUACUUAUAAUAUUAUAUAUAUGGUUAUAUAGAAGAAGAAAAAGAUCAUGGAAACAUGAAUGCAAGAAACAUUUAUGUAAGUAA